ACCGAGCGGGGCUCGGCCCGAGCGGGGCCUGGGGGUGCGACGCCGAGGGCGGGGGAGCGCGCGCCGCUGCUCCGGACCGGGCCGCGCGCGCCACCUCAGGAGCUGCCUUCUCACUGCAGCUGCCCGACAGGAAGAGGUUCUGCCGGUUCCUGGAGCUCCUGUCACCCCGCAGCCUGCGCCCCCUGGAGCUCGCCAGGAAGCUGGAGUGGGUGCUGCCACCAUGGGCUCUGAGGACCACGGGGCCCAGAACCCCAGCUGCAAAAUCAUGACGUUCCGCCCUACCAUGGAGGAGUUUAAGGACUUCAACAAAUACGUGGCCUACAUAGAAUCGCAGGGAGCCCACCGGGCAGGCCUGGCCAAGAUCAUCCCCCCGAAGGAGUGGAAGCCCAGGCAGACCUACGAUGACAUCGAUGACGUGGUGAUCCCCGCCCCCAUCCAGCAGGUGGUGACCGGGCAGUCGGGCCUCUUCACACAGUACAACAUCCAGAAGAAGGCCAUGACCGUGGGGGAGUACCGCCGCCUGGCCAACAGCGACAAGUACUGCACUCCKCGGCACCAGGACUUCGAUGACCUGGAGCGCAAGUACUGGAAGAACCUUACCUUCGUCUCUCCCAUCUACGGGGCGGACAUCAGUGGCUCUUUGUACGAUGACGACGUGGCGCAGUGGAACAUCGGGAGCCUCAGGACCAUCCUGGACAUGGUGGAGCGCGAGUGCGGCACCAUCAUUGAGGGCGUGAACACGCCCUACCUGUACUUCGGCAUGUGGAAGACCACCUUCGCCUGGCACACGGAGGACAUGGACCUGUACAGCAUCAACUACCUGCACUUCGGGGAGCCCAAGUCCUGGUAUGCCAUCCCGCCGGAGCACGGCAAGCGCCUGGAGCGGCUGGCCAUCGGAUUCUUCCCCGGGAGCUCUCAGGGCUGCGACGCCUUCCUGCGGCACAAGAUGACGCUCAUCUCGCCCAUCAUCCUGAAGAAGUACGGGAUMCCCUUCAGCCGGAUCACGCAGGAGGCCGGCGAGUUCAUGAUCACGUUCCCCUACGGCUACCACGCGGGCUUCAACCACGGCUUCAACUGCGCAGAGUCCACCAACUUUGCCACCCUGCGGUGGAUUGAUUACGGCAAAGUUGCCACUCAGUGCACCUGCCGCAAGGACAUGGUGAAGAUCUCCAUGGACGUGUUCGUGCGCAUCCUGCAGCCCGAGCGCUACGAGCUCUGGAAGCAGGGCAAGGACCUGCCGGUGCUGGACCACACACGGCCCACGGCCCUGAGCAGCCCCGAGCUCAGCUCCUGGAGCGCCUCCCGCGCCUCGCUCAAGGCCAAGCUCCUCCGCAGACAAAUUAGUGUGAAGGAAAACAGACCCUGGAGAAAGACUGAGGAGGAGAGGAGGCCGAGUCUAGAGAGGAGGAAAGAGCAGACCAGGAAGCCGGGGCCGGCGUCGCACCGGAAGCGGACUCAGCCCAAGAAGCCCAAGGCUGAAGACCCCAAAUCUCCAGAGGAGGGAGCCGCCGCGGCAGCCCUUCUGGAGGAGGCUGGAGGCUGUGUGAAGGAGGAGGCCGCACAAGAGGCCGACCCGGAGGAGGAGGAAGAAGAGCUGCAGCCGCCCCAGGGCCUUCUGCAGGAUGCCGAGGGCACCGAAGAGGACGGGCGGGGCAAGCUGCGGCCAGGCAAGGCCAAGAGCGACCGGAAGAAGAAGAGCCACGGCCCCCUCUCGCCCCAGCUGCCGCCACCUCCCGCAGCCCCACUCCCCGCCGAGGACGCCCUGCGGCUGCCGCCCUCGCUGGAGCCCCCGGUGUUGCUCCCAGAYUCUGCGGCCUCGGAGGAGAGCCCGCCGCCCGCACCCCUCAACGUGGUGCUCCCCGAGGCGCCCAGCGAGGAGCACGAGGCCCGGCCGCGGCCCAUCAUCCCCAUGCUCUACGUGGUGCCCCGGGCCAGCACGGCCGGGCCUGACAAGGACCUCGCRCCCGGCCCGCAGGCUGCCCCCAUGGAGCUGACGGGCCCCGAGGAGGACACCAGGGGCCACGCCGGGGCGGCGCAGGUACCAGCGUCCUUUCCCAAAUUAAAGAUGGAGAUCAAGAAGAGCCGGCGCCACCCCCUGGGCAGACCACCCACCCGGUCCCCGCUGUCCGUGGUCAAGCAGGAGGCCUCGAGUGACGAGGAAUCCCUGCCUUUCUCCGGGGAGGAGGACGUGAGUGACCCCGAGGCCUUGAGGUCCCUGCUGUCCCUGCAGUGGAAGAACAAGGCGGCCAGCUUCCAGGCCGAGCGCAAGUUCAACGCCGCAGCCGCCCUGACUGAGCCCUACUGCGCCAUCUGCACCCUCUUCUACCCCUACAGCCAGUCCCUGCAGAUGGAGAAGGAGGCCCCGCCAGCCUCUGUUGGGGAGGGCCCCUCCGCCUCGCCACCUUCCAAAAGCGGCCAGAAGACUCGGCCUCUGAUCCCAGAGAUGUGCUUCACCUCCAGUGGGGGGAACACUGAGCCGCUGCCCGCCAGCUCCUGUGUGGACGACGAGGGGACCAGCCCGCUGAUCGCCUGUGCCAAGUGCUGCCUGCAGGUCCAUGCCAGUUGCUAUGGCGUCCGCCCCGAGCUGGUCAAGGACGGCUGGACGUGCUCCCGGUGCACAGCGCAUGCCUGGACUGCGGAGUGCUGCCUGUGUAACCUCCGGGGGGGAGCACUGCAGACCACCACCGACAGCAGGUGGAUCCACGUCAUCUGUGCCAUCGCCGUCCCUGAGGUGCGGUUCUUGAAUGUGGCCGAACGCCAGCCUGUCGAUGUGGGGGGCAUUCCCGAGCAGCGGUGGAAGCUGAAAUGUGUGUACUGCCGGAAGAGGAUGAAGAAGGUGUCGGGGGCCUGCAUCCAGUGCUCCUACGAGCACUGCUCCACGUCCUUCCACGUGACCUGCGCCCACGCCGCCGGGGUCCUCAUGGAGCCGGACGACUGGCCCUAUGUGGUGUCCAUCACCUGCCUCAAGCACAAGUCUGGGGGACACGCUGUAAGGGCCCUGCCUGUCCUGCCCCGGCCCACCGCCCUUCAUCCCCUCCCCGCUGACAGCCGCCCCCCGCCCUCCCAGGUCCAGCUCCUGAGGGCCGUGUCCUUAGGCCAGGUGGUCAUCACCAAGAACCGCAACGGGCUCUACUACCGCUGCCGCGUCAUCGGCAGCACCACGCAGACCUUCUACGAAGUGAACUUCGAUGACGGCUCCUACAGCGACAACCUGUACCCUGAGAGCAUCACUAGUAGAGACUGCUUGCGGCUGGGGCCCCCUCCCGAGGGCGAGUUGGUGGAGCUCCGGUGGACGGACGGCAACCUCUACAAGGCCAGGUUCAUCUCCUCCAUUACCAGUCACAUCUAUCAGGUGGAGUUUGAGGACGGCUCCCAGCUGACCGUGAAGCGCGCGGACCUCUUCACCCUGGAGGAGGAGCUCCCCAAGAGGGUGCGCUCGCGGCUGUCGCUCAGCACCGGGGCGCCGCAGGGACCUGCCUUCUCGGCCGAGGAGGUGAAGGCCGCCAAACGCCCRCGGGUGGGCACCCCGCUUACCGCCACCGAGGACCCCGGACGCAGCCCAGACUACCUGGCCUUCGUGGAGAGCCUGCUGCAGGCGCGGGGCCGGCCCGGGGCCCCCUUCUAGGACAGCGGCCGCCGAACCACCCUCAGCCCAGCGCGGCGGACACGGUGGGCCUGGGCGUCUGCUCGCUGUGGAUUCCUGUCCUCGCCUCCCAGCCGAGAGGCCACCUCUGCGCCACAGGUGCCCCUCCAGGGCGACAGGAGCGAGCAGGACGCCAAUGCGGCCUGGACUCAGGGAGCAGGGCCAGCGGGCUGGGGAGGCCGUGGCUGGCGCCGCCCACGGGACGCCUGGGGCUCGCCGCGAGCCCCGUUCUCCAAGGUGCUACGCACUGCUGCUGAGCAGCCACGCGACUGUACAGGGCCGCCCGCGGUCCCCGCGACACCUGGUCAGGGCCAGAGAGGGACGGCCGCCGGCCACGCCUCUCAGGUCUGUGGCUCCACCAACAGGACGGAGAGACAGACACGUUCUCUUUCGCAAAACCGACCGCGCUGAGAGCCAGAAGCCACCUUGGCACCAUUGUUUCUGUUUGUGUUGUUUUGAGAUGUCACCUGUCCACUGCGCAGGAGGGAGGGCACCCGGAAGGGCAGGACGCGGUGACAGCCGGGACCCACUGGCUGGGGCUCCCUGACGGGUGGCCAGGCCUCCCCCUCUGCGCCUGGAGCCGCAGGCCCAGCCCGUCCUUCUGCGCAGACCUCUGGGACCCACGGCCUCUCCAGGAGGGUCGCUGCCCGGCAAGGAGCAGUGUUGGAGCGCCCCCAGGCUGGCCGUCCCCAGGCUGGCUGUCCCCAGGCCGGCGUGAGGGCCCCUUCCCGUGAGCAUGGCUGGGCUGCCCGCUCCUCCGCAGCGAGGCCCCUAGUGGACGUGGGGGUGCAGGGCGAGUCCAGCGCUGCAGGGGCCAGCCCGACUGUCUGCCCGCCCUGUGUGUCGAGGACCCCUGGGACCCUCCUCUCCCACUGUCCCAUGUCCUCGGAGAGGGACCUGUGGGUCUGUGUGGCCRAGGAGGAGCAGGUGCGUCCUGCCUGGGCUCGCAGAGAGACCAUGGGGAGCCACCGGGUGGGCUGAGGAGUGCCCGGCCUGACCUGUGUCCGCCCCGCACCCCCGGCCUUCUCCAUCCUGGCCGUCCCCUGUCCCCAGGGAGGGGCUGAGGGCUGGUCGGCCUGUAUAAAGAAGAGUUUUCCAAGUGUCCUGUGUGGCCAGGCAGAGGGAGUCUGAGGGAGGUGGCCGCCAGGCCUGGGUGGCCCGGGCGACCCGAGGYGGCAGGGCGUGCGGUGGCCCAGGGGCACCCUCUGCAUGCAGCAGCCGCCCAUGUCCCCAUGUCCCUGUGUCCCCGUGUGGGUCAAGAUGCUAUUUAUAUUGUAUGGAGUGGGCGGGGCCAGGGCCUGGGGACAGCUCCAGCCUCCCUGGAGGACUGUGGUGGCCCCGAGCRGCAGGCGGGUCGCACAGCUCCUGCGCACGCGGGACCCAGGGCCCCGCCGAGAUGUYGGACGCGCUGUAUUUGGCCUAACUUCCUGCUCUAGGUUCAAAUGAAUUAAAGGCUCAC